UUGAUUCUCGUUCUCGCAAAUUUCUCUUUUUUGAGAAGGCAAAGAUGAGGGAGUAGAAGGAGCAUAACAAGUAGAAAGAAAAGGAAAAAAAAAAUGGUCUUUGGUGGGCAAGCAUGAAGAACAACAGCAACCACGGCCUCAGAGGAGAAGAUCAGCCGAAGAAAGAGAGUGCUCUCUCAAGCCUUGACGCCAGAUUCAACCAAACCCUCCGAAAUGUUCAAGGGUUGCUCAAAGGCCGUACUAUUCCUGGUAAAGUGUUACUUACUAGGAGGUCAGACCCACUAGAUGAUUCAAGCUUACAAGAACACUCCCCAAGUUAUCAUAGGAGCUUCUCAUCCAAUGAUGCUGGGACAAGUGACCAUGAAGAGAAGCCAGAGGAAGCCGAGAGCACAAGCAAGCCAAAUAGCAAUGCCAAUGCGAACAAGUUGAAGUCAUUAUCUUCGAAUGCUGAGAAUACUCCCAAAGAAGUUCAAAAAUCCACCAUGGGUGCUAGAGCAACAGAUUCUGCAAGACUCAUGAAGUUCUCAAAGUUUCUGUCGGAGACAACAGUCAUAUUAGAGAAGUUGCGUGAAUUAGCUUGGAAUGGCAUACCACCGUAUAUGCGCCCUAACAUAUGGAGACUUCUCUUGGGAUAUGCACCACCUAAUUCAGAUAGAAGGGAGGGAGUUCUGAGAAGGAAGCGACUUGAGUAUCUCGAUUGUGUUUCUCAGUAUUGUGAUAUUCCAGACACCGAGCGUUCAGAUGAUGAAAUCAACAUGCUUCGCCAGAUUGCUGUUGAUUGUCCAAGAACUGUACCAGAUGUCUCUUUUUUUCAGCAAGCCCAAGUUCAGAAAUCCUUGGAGCGUGUCCUUUAUACAUGGGCUAUUCGGCAUCCCGCGAGUGGAUAUGUUCAGGGAAUAAAUGAUCUCGCCACACCGUUUCUGGUUGUUUUCUUGUCGGAAUACUUGGAAGGGAGUGCGGACAAUUGGUCAAUCUCUGAUCUAUCUCAGGAUAAAAUUUCUAAUGUAGAGGCUGAUUGCUAUUGGUGUCUAUCAAAGUUACUUGAUGGCAUGCAAGACCAUUACACUUUUGCGCAGCCCGGUAUCCAGAGACUCGUGUUUAAGUUGAAGGAAUUGGUCAGACGGAUAGAUGAACCGGUUUCUAGACACAUGGAGGAGCAAGGGCUGGAAUUUCUUCAAUUUGCUUUCCGCUGGUUCAACUGUCUUUUAAUACGCGAGAUCCCUUUCCAUCUUGUUACCCGCCUGUGGGACACAUAUCUUGCAGAAGGAGACGCGUUACCAGAUUUCCUUGUAUAUAUAUUCGCCAGCUUUCUUUUAACGUGGUCAGAUGAGCUCCAGAAGCUUGAUUUUCAAGAGCUGGUGAUGUUUCUUCAACAUCUUCCAACCCAAAACUGGACUGACCAAGAACUUGAGAUGGUUCUUUCAAGAGCUUACAUGUGGCACAGUAUGUUCAACAGCUCUCCUAGUCAUUUGGCUAGCUGAACUGAAGAGGGAAUUGUGUUAUGAGUUAUGACUCCCAUAUCAAUUAUCGACUUCUUUUCUCAUGUCUACUUCAGCUAUUAUAUCUAAUUCAAAUUGUUGUGGACGUUGUAUAUUUGCUUUCUCAUGGUUGAGGGACCAACCAUUUUCUGAUGUGGAUCAUGUACUGUAAUAUUUGUUAACUUU